AUGACAAGUACUACUGAACAAACAGUUAUUAAUAUGAAACAAAAACCAAUCGUAGAAAAUACUGUUGUGGUCAGUGAACCAAUAAAUUCACAACAAGUACCACUUGAAACAGUUGUUGUCAAUGAGUCAAUAAACUCACCAGUAGCAUCAGUAGAAAAAGUUGCUGAAACGGAUGCAACAACGUCUAAACCAGUAGAAGUAGAUAAUCUUAUUGUCAACGAUGUAAAAAAUGAGAAAAUGCCAGAAUCAGAUCAAUUACUAACCCGUGGUGUUAUUUUACAAUUAAUUGUUGGUUGGCAUUAUGCAAACAAAUGCCCUUUUAAUUGGCAUAUACCACAUUAUUUAGUUGUAUCAGGUGUUAUUGGACUUAUUCUUAUUAUAUUAAAUGCGGUUUUAGAUUUUUUGGCAUCUCAUGCUAAAUCCAUGUUAGAUGAUACUACUGUUCGAGCGUCUCAUUGUGGAGCUUGUUGUGGUAUGUGUGGUCUGUUAAUAGUUAUUAGCGGUCUUAUCAUAUUUCUCGUUGGUUGGUCUAUUGCGAGAUGCAUUUGGGUAUUUCGUGCAUGGAAUAAAAUUCAAUAUGAAAAUCCAGAUCGAUAUGAUUAUUGUCAUCCAACAUUAUAUCGUUUUGCAUAUUGGCUAUUUUUUUCUAUCAAUUACAUACAUAUUAUUCUCCUGCUGCCGUAUGUGUAUCCAGGCACCUAA